AUGAAGGCAAUUAUUAUUGAAGAUUAUGCUGAAUUUCCUGAUUUUAAAAUUGUGCAAGAUCAUCCAAAACCAAAGCAAGAUGCUCUGAAGGAUCAUCAAGUAUUGGUCCGAGUCCAUGCAGCUGGUAUUAAUCCUGGCGAUUGUCAUAUGGCUUCUGGGAGAGUCAAAAUGGCUGUCAAGCUCAAAUUCCCUUGUGUUUUGGGAUUGGAUGCCAGUGGUGUUGUGUCAGCAGUUGGUAAGAAGGUCACCCAAUUCAAAGUUGGUGAUUUGGUUUGUGGUGGAAAGGCAGGAGCCAAGACUGGUACGUUUGCUGAAUAUUGCGUCUUUGAAGAUCAUGAUUUGAUUAAGAAACCAAAGGAUAUGGAUUAUAAUAAGGCAGCUGCUUUUGCAACAAGUGGUGGAACCAUAAUCGAUGCCUACAGACAACAUCCACUCGUAGAAUCUUUGUUGAAGAAACACAUAGCUCAUCCAGAAAAGAUGAAUGAAAAGCCAAAGGAAAUGGAAGAUUUCAAAGUAUUGGUCAUUGGUGCUUCUGGUGGCACGGGAAGUAUUGCUUUGCUAUUCGCCAAACAUUAUUUGGCCAAAUAUUUCAAUAUCAAAGUCUAUGCAGUGUGCUCAACAAGAAAUGUGGAAUAUGUGAAAUCGUUGGGAGCUGACGUUGUCAUUGAUUAUACACAAACCUCUGCUAAGGAUGGCACUCAAGAGAAACAUCAAGAAUCCAGUGAAUUACCAUCCAUUUGUGAAUUGAUUAAGGGUGAGAAUGGAGAUCAAUACAUUGACUUGGUAAUUGACUGUGUUGGAGGAUACUACUUUUACGAUGAUGUUUGCCAACAUUUGGAUUGUAGAAGAGCUGACUCUCAUGUAGUUUAUAGUAGUCUUGUGCCACCAGGUCCUGCCGAAUUAACUCUUUCUACAUUGAUCAGGACUGGAAUUUAUAUCAGCUCUAACAAGAUGAAAGCCUGCUCUAAAAAGUAUCCAAAAUACAAUCUGAUACAAUAUAUGGGUAAGGCACAGAAGGAAUUUGACUUGUUGAUGAAUAGAGUGUUAUCGGAGGGAAAUUGCUUUAAUUUGAUCAAGAUUACCACGUUCAAGAUGGAUGAAAUUAAAAAGGCUCACGAAAUGGUUCAUUCGAAGAGAGCUAUUGGCAAGGUUGUUCUUUCCAUUGAAUAA